CUUUCUGAUGUUGCACGACGGGAAAUGCUUUGAAUACUUGCGACAUGGCUGCGCGCAUUGAUUGCCAAGAUUGACAGCAGCUCUACCCAUCGUCUUCUCCUGUUUGAGUGAGAGAGAGGGAGAUAAAGAACAGAUAGGCGAACAACAAAAGCUACUUGUAGUUUUGGACAGCUGAACUUCAUAGUACACGGGAUCCCCUCAUAUGGCCCCGUGUGAGCACACUUAAGUUUUCGCUCAACAGAUAGCUCAGUGAUCAUUUUCUACAAAGUGUAGCGUUUAGUAUAGUGUUUACGCACGGGAAAGGACGAAUACACAACUUCUCCACGACUCAGAUCAUCAAGGACUUAUCUGCGGGUGGAUCUUGAGCUUUUUGCAAGCCUGAGAAAGGCAUCAUUUCCAACCUGGACUCAGCAUAAGAUAUAGACUCGCUGACGCUGAGUUUUUACAUGAAUUCAAAAUAAACCGACCAGUGAUCGCUGAAAGCUGGGGAUUGAGUCUUUCAGUUCUUAACCCCAAACGCUGACAUGGAGGGCUUUCUUCGUAGCAGCUUUUUACUGAGCAGAGUUAUGUCUUCCAAGCAAGCCACGUCUCCUUUCGCCUCUGUGGUUGAUGGGGAUGAUGCCAUGAGUCAGGAGCACUUGUCUUGGGAGAAAGAGGAGAGUGCCGAGGCCCAUGGCACACCACAGCUGCCCCUGCACAGCCUGCUCCAUGGAAAAGCCCAUCCUGAUGAAAUGCAGCCGCUCAGCAGCAUGCCUCCAGAGAGCGAUUGGGACAGUCUGGUUUCAGCCCAACAACGCAUGGAAUCUGACAGCAAUAAAGUAUGUUCCCUGUACUCCUUCCGGAACAAUUCCACUUCCCCACACAAGCCGGAGGAGGGGGCCCGGGAGCGAAGCGACCUGCUGAGUGGAUCAGCAUUUGGAACUCCGGAGCGCCGCAAAGGAAGCCUGGCAGACGUAGUUGACACGCUGAAGCAGAAAAAAAUGGAGGAGAUGACAAAGACAGAACAAGACGAUUCCUCAUGCAUGGAGAAACUUCUUUCUAAAGAGUGGAAAGAGAAGAUGGAGAGGCUCAACACCAGUGAACUGCUGGCAGAAGUAAAAGGAACUCCAGAGAGCCUGGCAGAAAAGGAACACCAGCUCUCUACAAUGAUCACCCAGCUGAUCAGCCUGCGAGAGCAGCUCCUGGCUGCCCACGACGAACAGAAGAAGCUUGCCGCCUCACAGAUGGAGAAACAAAGGCAGCAAAUGGAGUUAGCUCGUCAGCAGCAGGAGCAGAUUGCAAGACAACAGCAGCAGCUUCUGCAGCAGCAGCACAAAAUCAACCUCCUCCAGCAACAGAUCCAGCAGGUCCAGGGUCACAUGCCUCCGCUCAUGAUCCCCAUUUUUCCACACGACCAACGCACUCUGGCAGCAGCAGCCGCCGCCCAGCAAGGAUUUCUCUUCCCUCCGGGAAUGUCUUAUAAGCCAGGUGAUAACUACCCGGUGCAGUUCAUUCCAUCCACAAUGGCAGCUGCAGCCGCGUCAGGACUCAGCCCCCUCCAGCUUCAGCAACUGUAUGCUGCCCAGCUUGCCAGCAUGCAGGUCUCUCCCGGAGCCAAGUUGCCUCCACUCCCCCAGUCCCUCAAUGUGAGUGGGCCCAUUUCUCCCUCUUCUCUGAAGAAUGACAAGAGUUCCUGCAGCCCCAUCACUCCCAUCAAGGAGGAGGGAACACAGCCGCUCAACCUGUCUGCUCGGCCAAAGAUGACAGACUUUGUGAAAUCCCCCACAUCACCAACACACAACCUGUUCCUCGGCAGUAAAGGCAGCCCCAACAGUCUUCUCGGCAAGGGUGGCAUUCCCAGCCCACUCGGAGGAGGCCUGGGCCGGGGAUCUUCUCUUGAUAUUCUGUCCAGCCUAAACUCCACCGCGCUGUUCGGGGACCAGGACACAGUGAUGAAGGCCAUACAGGAGGCUCGGAAAAUGAGGGAGCAGAUCCAGAGGGAACAGCUGCAGCAUCACCAGCAGGGCAUGGAGGCAAAACUGUCCGCACUCAACUCUGUGGGCCUCAACAACUGCAGAUCUGACAAGGAGAGGGCGCAUUAUGAGAGCAUCGGGCACCACCUCGGCAAGCUGGGUGAGGAAGGGAAGAUCGGCCACAGAGUUAUUGACCUCACCAGGCCAGAAGAUCUCGAUGGAGGUGCUGGAUCUACUGAGGCACGAGUCUUCAGAGAAGCUCGAGGAAGGAACAACAACGAGCCCCACAUUAAAAGGCCAAUGAAUGCGUUCAUGGUGUGGGCCAAGGAUGAGCGGCGCAAGAUCCUCCAGGCCUUCCCCGACAUGCACAACUCCAACAUAAGCAAGAUUUUGGGUUCCCGAUGGAAGUCCAUGACUAACCAGGAUAAGCAGCCAUACUAUGAAGAGCAGGCCCGUCUGAGUAAGCAACACCUAGAGAAGUACCCAAACUACAAGUACAAGCCACGGCCUAAGAGGACCUGCAUCAUCGAUGGAAAAAAACUCCGCAUUGGAGAGUACAAGCAGAUGAUGCGUUCACGGCGACAAGAGAUGAGACAGUUCUUUACUGUGGGACAACCACCGCAGAUUCCCAUCACCACCACAGCCAGUAUGGUCUAUCCAGGGGCCAUCACCAUGGCGACAACCACACCCUCACCUCAGAUGACAUCAGAGUGCUCGAGUGCCUCGGCAAGUCCCGAGCCAUCCAUUCCUGUCAUUCAGAGCACCUACAACAUGAAGCUAGAGCCCAACCCCAUGGUGAAUAACACUGUGCCAGUCAAUGGCGUGGAAGAGAUGGACAUGUAUGAGGAUUUUGAGGAUGAGCCCAAAUCAGACUAUAGCAGUGAAAAUGACACACAGGAGCAAGUCAGCGCCAACUGAGACCUCUUCAAUGGAAGAGGACCCAUGCAGACCCAACACUCAAACAGGAGGAUGCUCGAGGGUUGGUUUGAUCUGAGGGAGCGAAAGAGCAAAACAAAACUACACCACAAAGGUUAAAAAAAUAAAAAAAUAACAGUGUAUCAUUUAUGAGCCAGCAUGCAGAUGUGGCUUCAUCCGAAUCAAAAGCUAUUUGGUCUUAAGUGUUUCUUCAAGUGUGUGAAGCAGUUUGGUUGUGUUCAUUUCGAUUUUUGUUUUUUAUCUCAUUGUUUAUUUUUCAUUGUGAACAUGGACAUUUACACAAUUAGGUCAUUGCCUACAACAAAAGAUUGAACUUGAAAUUGAACAUUUCAUAUGAACCUAUAAUUCUUACAGUCAUAUACGUAUUUUGAUUUUGAAAUAUUGCAUAACUGUUCAAGAUGGGGAUAAUAUUCUCACUCAGGUAUAGUGUGCCAGCCAACAGCUUGUGAAUGUUUUUAAUCAAUAAUUAAUUAUUACCAGUACAAAAUAUCUCAAAAUUCAGAUGUGUGAGUGAUUCCAACAUAUUACAGAGGGAAAUGACAUUUUAUUAAUAUUAUUUUAAUUAUUAUUUGCGUUUUUGUUGUUAUUGUUAUUACACAAACUACAUUAUUUAGUGCAGAAGUGCCAAACAUUUUAAGUUUUAAAAUCUGUAAAGUCUUUUGGGAGAGGCUUGGUGAUUUUUGGACAAUCUCUUGAUCUCUUAAUACAGCUUCAUUAUCCAGUCUUUCUUUAAUUUACCCUAACAGAAUACACAAAUGAAACUCAGGAACUUGGAGGCAGCAGGCUCUGCGGGAGGUUACACUAUGCGACAUCUUUGGGUGGUAGCUUUUGAUGCUAGCCUGUUCUCCAGGGAGCCCAAUGCAGUGAUCAUCAAUGAACGCGGCCAGUCCUGUCAUUUCCCUUAUCCCAGUCUACACAGAGCACAGUGGCGUCCUUAACUCAUAUCCAGCUCUGCAACCCAGUCUGAUUCACCAAGUUCUUAAUCAGAGUGAUUGUAAUCAGGCCAGAAUGCUAAAGGGCCAGAGGCCUCCAAUCUGUGGGAUUGGAAAAGCAGGGAAAGGCAGCUUUGGGGGCAUUACAAUCUCAAAUUGAUGUUGUACAAUGUGUAGCUACAGUACAUUCUGUUAAAAUGCUUUAGCCCCAUUUGGACGGCAAGUUUAAAGUCUUACGUCUUAGAACUUCUUUUUUUUCAAUCGUAAUUCUUUUUAAACAUUGUAAAUCUUAAAUUGACACUAAGAAGUCUUAAAUCUGAGCACGGUCACAGGGUUGAUGCAAUGAGUUGAUUACUGCCAGAGUCUUAAGAGGAGGGACAGCCUGUGAGGAUAUUUAGAAACUUGAAAGAAAUACUAAAAUCAUAUGUUCGUUGCCUCAUCAUAUUCACAGAGCAGGGGUACUUUAAAACACUUUUUAUUUUGCAUAGUGCACUUAUACACAUCUUAUUCUGUCAACCUUUAGCCUUAUGUUGGAUUUCUUGAAUACUCUUAUCAGCUUAUCAGCACUUAACUAUUGCAUUUAAAACAGGAUAACAUGCAAUGACUCAGAUACGAGGGCCACAAGCAAAGUCUCUUUCCUAAUUUCAGCCAAAAAGCUGACAAGUGGUGACCUUCUGGAGACUGCAGCUAGAUAAAGCAAGGCCUUGAUGUUGAGAUUCAGAUCCUCUUUACAGGGCAGAAGGUCUAAGUGGCUCCCCUCCCUGCCAUGCCCUGCUCUGACCCCUGCCCAUGGCAACCCCAGCGCCCAGGGGGCGCCAUCUGGCCCAGAGAAGGAAAAAACAACAGGGAGGAAAGGGAAACAAUAUAGAUGUGGUGUGUGUCCCUCAUUGUGCUUUCCAUCAAAGUGCUGGUAGUAAGGCCUCAACAGGGCUCCCACCCCAGCCCAAUCUCCAGGCACUGGCGAGCAGAUGGAACAAGUACAUCAAGCUGUGGGGGAUUAUUAAAAUGACUGACGACUGGGUAUCAUCUGAAAUACAGCAUUAUUAAUGCAUGAGUCCAGCUAUUCCCCUCCCUUGCCCUUGAACCUGUCCAUUUCAGAAAGAGAACAGAGCUUUUUGAAGGAUCUGAAUAGCUGGUCACUGUUUUAAACUGGUCAACAUCCCCACUGCUGGUCACUGCAUUUUUUCUCCUAGCUCUAAUUGGUACAGAUGGCUUUCAUCUCUUCUGAACUCUUUAAAGCUGUUUACCCCUUCAUUCAUAAUUCCCGUUUUUCUUCAUCACCUUUUUUCUCCAUUGUUCUCAUUCUGAGGUACAAACUAUUUAAAAGUCUCCUACAAACAAACCCACGUGGAUUUCCCUCCUGAGUCAACCUGUUCGGUAUUUUGAAGCUGUUUGCUCCUGAUUGCUGGUGGUUGGAUGGAUUUGUAUGUGAUUGUAAAUAUUUUUAUGACCAUGCCACACUGCUUUAGUUGGCUGGAAGUUAAAAAGGACUCUUCACGGAACUGAAACUUGACUGUGCUUAUAUAGCAAGAAAAAUACAAAAAAAGGAAGAAAAAAAUUACAAGAACUCAUGUGGAGACAAUGUUUCAUAAGUGUUAUAAGCACUGGAUAUAAAUUGUAUUUUUAUCAAUGCUGAUUAAUGUGAAGCUGUUUGAGGAAAAUCACCAUGAACAAACAUAAUUCCCCAGUUGGACUCAAGUGGGUUUACUCUCACAGUUGCCAGAUUUGAGUCAUUUUUUGUCUACUUAUGUUGUUUAUUUAUGCAAAGACUCAUGUGAUGAAUGAACACUUUGUUUAAGCUUCAGGGCUGCCUAGGGGAGAGACUCAGCACAAGAAAGUGAGCAGAAUUCAACAGCAAGCUCGGUUAGCUGUCAAACACCAGACUUCAGUGCAUUGUAUAUUGUAUUUGAAACUGUAGAGUAUCAACAUAUUGUAUUUAUUAUUAGCCACUGUUGGCUCUAAAUUUGUCAGUAAAACAACAACAUGGACAAUCAGAGAAAAAAACAAACAUGUUUGAUGAAUUGGAGCUAUAAACAGGUUUUCAGUGAAUCCACCAUCUCAUUUAGAUUUUAUUGUAAAUAUAACAUAGAAAAUAUAUUUUUGUUCAUUAGUGAAGUAUACGUUGUGUAUUUGGCUGUUAUUUUAUUUACUUUCUUUUAUUUGUGUACGUGGUUUCAUGUUUUUAAAACCUGACAAGUCACAGUACCUCAUGUAGAUGCUGAUUUUUUUUUCCUGCUUAUUGAAAGACAGCAGUAUUGGACCUGAGACAGAGAGAAGCACCUCACUUGCUUAUGUUUUGAUAAUCUUCCCUGGACUGUUAAAAAAAAAGCAAUCAGAAUAACGCUACACUCAUUAGACCUGUUGACAUAAAGGAGUCAUUAGAAAUAAGGUACUCAUUUGAACAACAAGCUCUUGAUGUACAAGAAGUAUUCAAUUAUUUGUGUCCAAUAAUGAUACAAUCUAAAUGAUAUGCUGUAUAUCCUCACAUGUGUUUUGUGUGUAUUACAGCACUCAUAGGUGUGGGUGGUUUCUUACGAGGAACUGUUUUCAGCCAAAAUAAUCUGCAUGCAUUUGGCUUGAAUUGACAUCAGCAGAAUAAACAAGGUGUUUUUUUUUUCUUGAAAAAUGGUUUCAAACAAAAGUGAUGUUUUUAAUUUUAUGUUUUUGAGAAGGUGGGAGCGUGCAAAUAUUUAUUUGUUUUAAUGUGGCAAAAUGCACCAACAUUGUGCAUCCUUCUUAGUUAAUUCUCUCCUUGUCAUAUUUUUGUAUGUUUUUAAUGGACAUGCUCAUACCCAUCCAGCCAUCUGAAAAUGUAGCCCUCACAAUUGUUUUCUCUAAAUCCACUUGCAAUGGUUUGAUCAAAAGAACUGAAGACAAAAGCUCAUAUGCUGUUUCAACAUUACUUACUGUAAUUCAUUUUGUUUUCUGUAUGGACUUUGUGAUGUAUAUGGUGGGAAUGUUUUCUGUGUUAAUUUAAUCAGCACAAUUCACUGACAUGCUGGACUGACAUGCUAGCUGCUGUUCAGAAGUGUAAAACUGUUGUUUCGGAGCAACGUUUAUAGUUGUCUUUGGUACUUUGCUUUUUAGAGUUGUCUCUCAAGCAACACUGUGUGUGGCUCUUCUAUCACUGGAGCCGUUGUUGAAAUUGCUGGCAGCCUGAUACAAUUUUCUGCGUAGAAUCUUUAUCGUUUUGUUUUUUUCUGGCAGGUACCUAGGCCCAUGGCAAGUAUUGUUUGGGUGUUAUUAGAGAAAAUGAAAUACAUAGUGUCUGUUGCUGCUUUAAAAAAAGUUUAUGUCUGAAUAUGUAAAUAGUUUAUCAUAAUAUCUUGUACAGUCCAAUGUAAAGUUUUUAAUUCAACUUGUUGCCAUCACAUUUGUGUUCACAUUCUUCUUUAUACAGUACAAAAGAUUGAUUAUUUGCUAGGGGUAUUAUUGCUUAAAAAGAAAAAAAAAUGAAGAUGUUAUUACAUUUUUUUUUGUUUGUUUUGUUUUGCUUGGCUUCAAAGUGUACACCAGCAAGUCUUUGGUUUCCAUGUGCAGUAUUGACGUGAGGUAAAGGUGAAUCAUUUUACAGUGGUGUGUGUGGAGAACAGUCUCCUCGGCUUUGGUAGUAUUAAUUCACUAUAUUGAAUAAAAACAAACCAAUGAGGGACACAUUUGGGUGCAUCUAGGCACAUAGAAAUGUGUAUUCUGUAUAUGAAGAAAUUAUCCCCGCAGGAUCAAUUCAGGCAUAUUAUAAUGUAACACCAUUUUCUGUAUGUAAAAAAUCAACAGUGGGAUGAAUAACUGCCUGUUUAAGCUCAUUUACCUCAAGAAUUUCCUCCUUUUCUGUAAGAGACAGAAAUUGUGUUACAGAAAACCUUCUCCCAUCACUCCAUCUUUUGUACUGCUGUUGACACUUACGAAUUAAAGAGACAUUUUGUUUUAA